AUGACAUCUUGCCAAACUUCACCUCGAUCAAAUACAUCAGCACUCGACACUGAAGCCUUAGAUGCCUUGGUUAUAUACAUGACGGCUAUCCCAUGGUAUAUCUUUAACAACCAAAUUGCCAUCGUGGAUGAUACACUGGACGCCCUGUACUCUAUCCCUACCUCGGAAGAUUUUGGCCACUUCUUCGGUAACAUGGCUCAUGCGAUCGUCUCGAUCAGCACAGCAGGCUACUUUAGCACGUCGGAAAUUCCAACACUGUCUCGUGUCACAGAACAAGUCUACAUAGUCCGAGCCAGUGUUCUUAUUGCCGUUAUGCUGAUGCUGGCUCUGGCUGUUGCGGUCAGCAUCCUCGACAUUGCCCGAAACCAGAUUCGCGGGUUGCCUUACCUCCCAGCUGGAUUCUUGGCAAUCGCGCAUGCAGUACGUGGGCCGUGGUGGGAGCGCGAAUUGGAAGGGCAUCUUGCGUGGGACAGCAUCAAGUUACGGCAGUCUCAUGCUUCCACUGUUAUGUUUGGCGUUGAUUACUCAGAUCCGAGAUACAUCAGACUGGCUCCAUCCGUCGUACCAAUCCAUCGAUAA